GCGAAUAAUACGCGAACGCAGCGUUUCUGUUCUCGGGUUCCCUCUGUUGGUCCACUCCAAGCAAAAGUGCAGUGCCACCGUUCGCUCAAGUGACCUAAAACUGGCCUUUAUUUUUAAAAAUGGACGCCGCAAACACGCACACGCUCGGUGGUGGUGCUAUUGGCAGUGGAGUGCCAGGCGGGGCCAACGGUUCAAGUCCUCAGCAGUUCUGCCUUCGGUGGCACAACCAUCAGGCAAGCCUACUGAGCUCGCUGCCGGUGCUGCUCGAUCAGUCGCACCUGACGGACGUCACGCUGAUGGCGGAGGGCCAGAAGAUCAAGGCGCACCGGGUGGUGCUGAGCGCCUGCAGCACCUUCUUUUCGGAGCUGUUCCGCACGCUGGACGGCGCCCAGUACCCGGUGGUGGUGCUGCCGGGCGCAUCCUACCACGCCGUGGCCGCGCUCAUCACCUUCAUGUACUCGGGCGAGGUGAACGUGUACGAGGCGCAGAUCGCCGUCCUGCUGUCGCUGGCCGAAACCCUCGGCAUCAAGGGGCUGGCCGACUUCAAUGGCAACCCAAACAAAUCGACCACACCGUCGACUGAGGCCUCGUCAUCGCGGGACUCGGACGUGCCGUCGCCCUACCACACGAUGAAGGUGUGCUCCCCGGACGAUAGCUUCUUCUCCCGGACGGCGUACCCGUUCGGGGCGCCGAUGUUCCCGCAGGCCCUCAACCUGGCGACGAACGCCGGCACCAACGGGUGCCCGACGCCGGCCCACGCCAGCAGCCACCAGCAACCGCCCGCCGGUGGCCACGCCACCGAGUCGCACGCGCCGAGUAACGGGAGUAACGCUAGGAGCUUGGCAAAUCACGUCACCGGCGGCCCGAAGCCGAGUGUCCCCACGUGCGACCUAUUCGGACGCUUCGGCCACGCGGACCGAAACGAGCUGCUGUCGGCCGAAGCCAUGUGGAAGAUGAACGAACUGAACCACCUCGCCGAGGAUGCGCUGGCCAAGGAGAAACAGUUUCAGGCGCACCGAUCGAGCACACCGAUCCGCCUGCAGCAUCACCACCACCAACAGCAACAGCUCGACGGCACUCCCGGCCGUUCGACGCUCCAUGAGUUCGGACCGGCCGGAGGGCACGGAAGCGACGGCGCCAAAGACUGUAAGCUCGCCAACGGGCCCCUGCUGCUGGAGCAGGUGAAGCUGAAGGAGGAAGACCUGUCCGACACGUCCACCCAGCCGCUGGGCCAGUCCUACGGGUCCGUGCCGUCGACGCCAACGCCCCAAACGCCCGGGCUCGACGAGGCCGGGCGCGGUGCCCACUCGCACCCGCAGCCGGCCCGGAAGUCCCAGAGUGCCCAGGAAAACGCUGCCAGUAGCAAGAGGAAAAAGAUUGAGAAAAUCGCCGAAAGCCUACGCUCGCAGACGGGCUCCGCGGCCGAGGCGGCCUUCGCGGCGCUCCCGUUCGACAAGCAGCUCUACGAAACGUUCAAACUGACGGCCACCGCCAACACGAAGCUGCUGCCGAUGCAGCUGUUCAGCAAGCCGCCCACGGUGACGCCGGUCAGCAGCACCACGAACCCGUACCUGGCGCAUCACUUCCUCACCAACGAGAGCGCCUCGAAGACGCCGGAAAACUUCAGCCUCGAGUCGUCGCACCCGAACGCGGCCUCGAACACGAACACGCGGGCUUCGCCGGCCGCCACCACAACGAUAGCGACGGCCUCGUCGCCCUCCACGCCCGGCUCGCUGCACCCGCUGGCCCCGUCGCCCGGCACCGGUGGUUCCGCCUCGUCGCACAACGAGCAGCUGAUCAAGAGUCUCCACAUCGCGUCCCAGGCGCAGGUGGCCAACAGUCUCGCGUCCGUCACCCAACAGCCGCAACAGCACCAACAGCAACAGCAGCAACAGCAGCAGCAGCGGCCUCCUUCGUCCAAGCUGUACGCCAUGUGUGGCAUCUGCAACAAGCAGCUGAGCAACCAGUACAACCUGCGCGUGCAUUUGGAGACACACCAGAACGUGAGGUACGCCUGCCAGGUGUGUUCGCACGUUUCGCGGAGUAAGGAUGCAUUGCGGAAGCACGUCUCGUACCGCCACCCGGGCACCCCGAGCCCGUGCGAUCCGGAAACGAAGCGCAAGCGCGCCAAGGCCAACUCCUACAGUCAGAUGGCCAAGCAGGACGGAGUGCUGACCGAGCAGCAGCAGCAGCAGCAGCAACAACAGCAGCAGCAAGCAAGCAACCUACUCGCCAACCUCACAUCCCAGGGCGGGGCCAUUCCGCUGCCGACGUUACUGCAGGCGGCCUCCCUGCAGUCGGCCAUCGCGGCCCAACAGAAGUCGGCGGCCCUGCUCUUCAAUCAAACGGCGGCCGCUUCGGCCGCGCUGGCAUCGGUGGCGGCGGCCAACCCAUCGCCGGCCACCACGACGGAACCACUCGGAUCGGCGGCAAAACGCACGGCGGCAUGUGACAAUUCGGGCGCGGGGAAGACGGACGAUCCCGAGCCCAAGCCGGAACCGGUCGACGAGCCGGACGUUUCGGUGGCCGUGCAGAAAUCCGACAAAGACAUUUAAGGACGUUCGGUAGAGCCGGAACGGAACCUGGAAGAAGAACCAAAAGACCAAGCCCCAAACCGAACCGAUGCGCAGGUUGUGGCCGCGGGCAGCGUGCGGGCUGGAAUAAUUUCACUGAAAAAGACAUUAGGUUAACGAGUAAACAUUAUGCUGUAACACUAGCUCCAAUUUGUUC